GCCUGCAGAACCCGCGCAAAGGCGCCAAGAGAUAGCCACGCCGCCUCCUCGCCAUGUUCCCGGCCACGGGCUGGCUUCUGCCCGAGGAGGAGCCGCGCGGGGCUGACGGAGGCUGCCCGGGGCCUGCCAAGGGAAACAAAACUAACAAGAGAGUGUGCGCAGUAGAAAAAAAUGAUAUACUUGGUGUGGUUGGAACCAGUCUACAUUUAAACAGGUCACCUUGUAAGACAGUAACCUAUCGCUUGGAAUCUGCUAAAAAGAAAAGCAGUUUGACAAAAGAAAAGAUUGCCACAGGAGGUGUUUCUGUAAACACAUAUUACAAGGACCAUUAUAAAGCUGCAAUGGAACAGUUAGCGGCUAUUAGCUUGUCAGACAAUACUAGGACAUCACAGCAAUAUUCAAAUAGCACCAAACAAGGGUCAUUUGAUUCCUGGAGCCAUAUGUGUAGUCAAGACAAUAGUUCAGUGAGCAGAAUGUAGAAUGGAGUGAGCAGCAGAGAGAGAAAUCCAUUGUUAGUUAAUCUGUGCCACUUAAUGGAAGGCAGGUUCUUCAUCAUCGUCAUCUAGAUUCCAAC